GGCCAUGGCCGCGCCGGGGGGCGGCGAGGGGCCCGCGGCGGGCCGGGGGAACCGCGGGCUGCAAGGAGCCAUGAGGGCGGCGAGCGGUGCCCUGGGCAUGGACAGCGCCGGGCGGACCAGGGUGAGCGAGGGGACGGCCCGGGAGGGACCCCCGGGCUCAGCCGCAUGCCCGGGAUUGUACCCCCGGGGCUCCCCCCGCAUCUCUGGGCUGCAUCCCCAUCCCCGGGGCUGCAUCCCCGGCCUCCUCCUGUAUCCCUGGACUCCCACCGCAUCCCCGGCUUCGUCUCCCGGCCUCCCCCCAGCCGUGGGGCAGCAUCCCCGGUCUCAUCCUGCAUCCCCGGUCUCAUCCUGCAUCCGGGUGCUCAUCCGCAUGCCGGAGCUCAUCCCCGGUCUGACCCAGCACCCCUGGGCUACCCCCCGCAUCCCCGGGUUCUCCACGUCUCCUGUUGGGUGCUGGAGCUGCGAUCCCCCCAGGCCGGGGGUGUUCCCGAGCUCCCCGCACCCGCGGGGGUCCCUGCUCAACCCCCACUUUUGCAGGAUGCCUACGUGGAGUACCUGAAGAGCAUCACCCUCAUCGCCCAGGCCCUGCAGGAGGAGGCGGCAGCGACAGAGAACAGCGAGGGGGUCACCCCUGACACCCCCAAACUGCUGAAGCUGGCAGAGCAGUGCCUGGAGAGGGUCAAAUCCAUUGCAGCAGCACUGGGGAAAGCCCAGGUGAAACCAGCUGCACAGGAGCGGGAUGGGGGCCCUGCGCCCCUCCUCAGGCACCGCCGGGUCUGCUCGGAUGAGGGGGGGAAGCUCUCGCCAUUUUUGCCCCCGGAGAUCUUCCAGAAGCUGCAGAUUGCUGAGUCACAGAGUGCACGGAAGGAGCUGACCCCACUGGAGGAGGCCUCCCUGCAGAACCAGAAGCUGAAGGCGGCCUACGAGGCACGGGUGGCACGGCUGAACCCAAGUCAGGCUGUGCAGAAGACAUCCCUGACACUGUCCUUGCAGCGGCAGAUGAUGGAGAACCUGGUGAUCGCCAAGGCCCGAGAGGAGACUCUGCAGCGCAAGAUGGAAGAGAGGCGGCUGCGGCUGCAGGAGGCAGCCAACCGGAGGUUCUCCAGCAGUGUGGCACUCACCCCUGAGGAGCAGGAGCAGCGAGCGCUCUAUGCUGCCAUCCUUGAGUACGAGCAGGACCAUGAUUGGCCAAGGCAAUGGAAGACGCAGCUGAAGCGGAGCCCGGCGGAUCUCUCGGUGGUGUCAGGGCUCUUCUCCUGCCUCCUGAGCUGCCCCGAGCACCCCAUCACACAGCUGCUGCGGCGGCUGCAGUGUGCGGUGUACGCCCGGCUCUACCCCGCCGUCAGCCGCGGCCCCGCCGACGCCUCCCCCGCCUCCCCCUCGGCUCUGUCCUUCCUGUCUCUGGACAUGGGGGGCUCCUCGCUGCCCACUGAGCCGGGGGGUCGCCGCCUCCGAGCAUCCCGCAGCCUGCACUGCAUGUUCUCAGUGCCCGAGCACGGCCCGGCCGCGCUGCGGCACAGCCAGUCCAGCAUGCCCCUUGCCGACAGCGGCGCCCUGGGGCCCGCUGAGCCCCCCGAGACCCCCCGGGAAAGCUCUUUCGAGGACCUGGAACGGUUCCUGGCCUCCCCCGAGGGCUGGGCCCCCACAGAUCCCCCGGGCAGCUCCAGGCAGGACACGACGCUGCCGGAGCUGCUGAAGGGUGUCGUGAGGGAUAUCCACAAUGCCAUCGACAGGCUGCUGGCUCUGACUCUGCUGGCCUUCGAGGGGCUUGGCACCGCUGCUGGCAAGGACCAGUGCCUGGCCUGCCUGGAGGAGGCUUUCUUCCCCCCACUCUGGGCCCCACUCCUGGCCCUCUACAGGACCGUGCAGCAGCCCCGCGAGGCAGCCCUGGCACGCAGCAUGGAACAGCACCGGCACGCCAGCCCCGCCGACAUGGGGCUGGCUUCACGCCUCUUCCCACCCGGUCCCAGCCGCCCCGCGUACGCCUCGGCCGUGCAGGACCUGCGCCUCAUCCCACUGGAGACGUGUCCCCGCCGGAAGCUGGAGUGCAUCGUGCGAGCCCUGCGUGGCAUCUGCGAGUGUGCUGAGGAAUACUGCGGCACCCGGGAUGCCCGGAGCCUCGCCACGGCCGCCAUUGGGGCAGACGAUCUGCUGCCCAUCCUGUCCUAUGUGGUGCUGCAGACAGGGCUGCCCCAGCUGCUCUCCGAGUGUGCUGCCCUAGAGGAGUUCAUCCAUGAGGGGUACCUGAUCGGGGAGGAGGGGUACUGCCUGACAUCCCUGCAGAGCGCCCUGUCCUACGUGGAGUCCCUGCAGUGAGGAGGGGGCGGCGCGGGACCCCCACACCCCGGGCAGGAUGUGUGCAGGCUCAGCGCAGCGGCAGGAGCACCGGCAGGACUACGGGCAGGAAUUCCGGCAGGAAUUGCACCAGGAGUACCGCCGCUCACUGGAGCGGGAAUUCGGCGCUGCCGGGACCUGCCCCGGCCCCGCC